AUACCAGCAGGCAGACACUCAGCAGGACACUCAAGACACACGAGAGAUGAUGUUCAACCGACGCCUUCAACACUGAACCGCAUCUUGACCACAAUUCACAUCCUCCACAUCAGAACGACGCGGCCAUCAAUUUUUCCCACUCAAGUCACACCGGUUCAAUCCGUCGCCCUGGAACUCAGGAACCCAAGCUUUGCAAUCGUAGUCUCAAGAACGAGAUCAUGAUCAACCGACUCAUCACCAGGGCCGGUCGGACAGCCUCGUUCCUUCAAAUCCUACUCUACCUUCCCUUGGCACUCGAUAUUGCAGGAAAAGAUUGUUUUUUGGCUUUAUCAGCUUCUUUGGCAUUGUACUACUCGGCCCUGUCGACUUUAUACCUUAUCUUCAGAAACACGCGCUUUGCAUUUGUCUCCAAAGUAUUUGGACUGCUUCAAAAUUUGGUCAUUCCAACCUUCCUGCUCUUUUGGCUGAAUAUUUAUUCACCAGAUGAAAGUAAGAACAUCGGAAAUCCUAUCCUGGCGAGCAAUCUGAUAGGUCGAAUGUUGUCGUUAUGGGAGGUCGUGUUGACGUGGUCGACUCCAGUGUUUGUCUUACUAGAGGGAAUUUCAACAUUGCUCUGCAUCCAAUCAGUUGGACAGAUAUCGCGGUAUUUAGUGGAAGCGAAAAACGAGUCGUAUUCAUUCGUCUUUCUUGUCUUAUCGGCAGCGGUCUAUGUGGGGUCGGCCUAUUUCCUAUUCGACUCGUAUGCUUACGCGGCCCGAGAGAGUUUGUCGGCUACCUUGAUCGGCGUGAGUGUCACGAGCGUGGCCUUCUUGAGCGGGAUUGCUAUCAGCAAUCGCAAAGGAAAUGUGGUCGAGACUAGCUUGAUGAUGGCUUAUCUUAGCUACAAUAUCUAUUGGCUGUCAUCUGAAAAACUAGAUCCAGUCUCGUUCUUCAGCUCGUUCAAAUCUGAGGCCGUACCGCCACUUCCACCAAUGAUUCUCCGCUCUGCGACAGCCAUCAUUGGUUUUGUAUCUACAACUUUUGGAGCUGGUCUGGAUUUCUUAUUGGCUUGUUCGUCCGCACUACCCCUGCCGGUGUUCAUUAAUCUCUUAUAUCGAGUUGUGGCGCUAUACGGAGCCAGUCGAAUCGUCGUUGCCAUCAAACGUGCCAAUAGCGGCUUUGCUUACACUCGGCGGUUGAGUGAUGAAGAGCCCAUGGUCAGAAUCAUGACGGUUAUAGUCUCUUACUCUCGAUUUGUCCUGAUCUCUGUCUAUACACAUCUCCUGCUACUCAAUAACGAAGGCCAUCAAGUCUUUUGGAGAUGGAUUAAUGUCUUUGUCACAUUGGGUUUAUGGGGUGUAGAAUUGAUGAUCGGGAAAGAGGAAGGAGAUAAUGAUAGUAUCGUGACUGGAUUGGGGCUUAAAUUGGAUUAAACUUAUUCUUCCACUCUCACUUUAAUUUUUUUGUUUCCAAAAGAGGAAGAUUGUUUUAAUAACACAAUUAAAAUGUACAUAUUUGCACGGCCUUCUGGAUUUAAUUUCAAUCAUCUAUACUCAUGUGGUGCUGUACAAUUAUUGUAAAACAGAGAAGAUGUCUUGAUACUUUUUUUUUUACCAAGAUGUCGGGAUCUGCCUGCCUUAA